AAUCCAAUCCAAAAUGUUGUAAACGCUAACCCCUUUCUUCUCCGAAAACCCUAAAUUUGAUUCCCAAUUUCCGAUGGAGAUGCGAUUGUCUUCUUAAACCCUCAUUCACAAUCACAAUCACAAUCACAAUCACAAUCACAAUCACAAUCCAUCUCAAUACUAGUUCAAAUCUCACUCACUCACUCUUCCCAAUCAGAAGAAUGUCUUUCCCAGCCAUAGAGCGUGUUUAUGUAACAGAGGACUGUGUUCGCGAAUGGAAGACUGGCAAUGCUGCCCUCAAGGUCUCUGAACCCGUCCCAAUGCUUCGCUUUCUCUAUGAGCUCUGCUGGACUAUGGUUCGAGGUGAAUUGCCGUUGCACAAGUGUAAAACAGCAUUAGAUUCUGUCAUAUUCUCAGAGAAAGCUUCGCCUGACAAAAUAGCAUCAAAUUUUGCAGAUAUAGUCACCCAGAUGGCUCAAGAUCAUACAAUGUCAGGAGAGUUCCGUUCUCGUCUCAUUAAACUGGCAAGAUGGCUUGUUGAAUCUGAUUUGGUUCCAGUUCGGCUACUUCAUGAACGUUGUGAGGAAGAAUUUUUGGGGGAGGCUGAGUUGAUCAAAAUAAAGGCUCAGGAGUUGAAGGGAAAAGAGGUCAGAGUCAAUACACGACUCCUUUACCAACAAACCAAAUUCAAUCUCCUCAGAGAAGAGAGUGAGGGCUAUGCAAAGCUGGUUACUCUUCUUUGUCGGGACUCUGAAGCGCCGACUCAAAAAACAUCAUCAACAAUUGGCAUUAUUAAGUCAUUAAUUGGCCAUUUUGAUUUGGAUCCAAAUCGUGUUUUUGAUAUUGUCCUUGAGUGUUUUGAACUUCAACCCAAUAACGAUGUGUUCAUAGAGCUGAUUCCUAUUUUUCCCAAGUCCCAUGCUUCCCAAAUUCUUGGAUUUAAAUUUCAAUAUUAUCAGCGGAUGGAAGUCAGCAAUCCUGUUCCAUUUGGACUCUAUAGACUUACAGCCUUACUCGUGAAGCAAGAUUUUAUUGAUCUUGAUAGCAUAUAUGCUCACUUACUCCCCAAGGAUGAUGAAGCAUUUGAGCAUUAUAACACUUUCUCGUCCAAGCGUUUUGAUGAGGCCAAUAAAAUUGGAAGAAUAAACCUUGCUGCUACUGGAAAAGAUCUAAUGGACGAGGAGAAACAGGGGGAUGUUACCAUAGAUCUUUUUGCUGCUUUAGACACGGAAACUGAAGCAAUUGAAGAGCGAAUGUCUGAGCUUCAAGACAGUCAAACUUUGGGCUUGCUUACUGGCUUUCUUGCUGUUGAUGACUGGUAUCACGCACAUAUACUAUUUGAACGCCUCUCAACACUCAAUGCAGUGGAACAUACUCAAAUAUGUGAUAGUUUGUUCAGGCUUAUUGAGAAGUCAAUUUCUUCAGCAUAUGAUGUUAUUCGUCAAGCACAUGUUCAAAACCCUGGAUCCUCCACAGGAGGCAGCACUGAUGCUAUGGAUGUUGAUAACUCCUCAGGACAUGGUUCUUUUAUAAAUCUUCCAAAGGAGCUUUUUCAGAUGCUUGCUUGCACUGGACCUUAUCUCUACCGUGAUACUAUGUUGUUACAGAAGGUUUGUAGAGUGUUGCGAGGUUAUUACCUUUCUGCUCUAGAGCUUGUAAAUCGUGGUAAUGGCGCCUUGAAUCCUCAAUCUCACGUUACUGGAAGCCCUCACCUACACCUUAAGGAUGCAAGGCUAAGGGUGGAGGAUGCUCUUGGAGCAUGUCUACUACCUUCUCUACAGUUGAUUCCUGCGAAUCCAGCAGUUGGUCAGGAAAUUUGGGAACUUAUGAGUCUCCUUCCUUAUGAGGUGCGAUAUCGCUUAUAUGGCGAGUGGGAAAAAGAUGAUGAGCGCAUUCCUAUGCUCUUGGCUGCAAGGCAAACUGCCAAGUUGGACACUAGACGUAUUUUGAAACGGCUAGCGAAGGAAAAUUUGAAACAGCUGGGUCGGAUGGUUGCAAAAUUAGCUCAUGCAAACCCUAUGACCGUCCUCCGUACAAUUGUUCAUCAGAUUGAGGCAUACAGAGACAUGAUUACUCCUGUGGUUGAUGCAUUUAAGUAUUUGACUCAGCUUGAGUAUGAUAUAUUGGAAUAUGUUGUGAUCGAGCGAUUAGCACUUGGUGGACGUGAUAAGUUAAAGGAUGAUGGGCUCAAUUUGUCAGACUGGCUUCAAUCUCUAGCGUCAUUUUGGGGCCACCUGUGUAAGAAGUACCCAUCAAUGGAAUUACGGGGCCUUUUCCAGUAUCUUGUGAACCAGCUAAAAAAAGGGCAAGGAAUUGAGCUUGUUCUGCUGCAGGAGCUUAUUCAGCAAAUGGCAAAUGUUCAGUACACUGAGAACUUAACUGAGGAACAGCUGGAUGCUAUGGCAGGGAGUGAGACUCUCAGAUAUCAAGCAACUUCGUUUGGAGUAACUCGAAAUAAUAAGGCAUUGGUAAAGUCCUCUAGCAGGUUGAGAGAUUCAUUACUUCCAAAAGAUGAACCAAAGUUGGCAGUCCCCCUCUUACUGCUACUUGCUCAACAUCGUUCUCUGGUUGUCAUCAAUGCAGACGCACCCUACAUUAAGAUGGUUAGCGAGCAGUUUGAUAGAUGCCAUGGAAUGCUUCUUCAGUACGUUGAAUUUCUUGGCAGUGCAGUUUCACCAGCAUCAAAUUAUGCUAUUCUUAUUCCCUCUCUCAGUGACCUGGUCCACCUUUACCACCUGGACCCAGAGGUUGCUUUCUUGAUAUAUCGCCCUGUGAUGAGGCUUUUCAAGUCUCAUAGGAAUCCUGAUGUUUGCUGGCCCUUGGAUGAUAGAAGUGCUGCAAGUGAUGUAUCUUCAAACAUUGAGUCUGACCUUGCAGAUCAUUCUGGUAGUAUGGUUCUUGAUCUUGGCUCUGGUCAAAGUCCUAUAAGUUGGUCAUAUCUUCUAGAUACUGUUAAAACCAUGUUGCCUUCUAAAGCCUGGAAUAGCCUUUCUCCUGACCUAUAUGCUACAUUUUGGGGUCUCACAUUAUAUGAUCUGUAUGUUCCGAAAAAUCGUUAUGAGUCGGAAAUAACCAAGCUUCAUGCUAAUCUUAAGUCUUUGGAGGAGCUUUCUGACAAUUCAAGCUCAGCAAUCACCAAGAGGAAGAAAGAAAAGGAAAGAAUUCAAGAAUCUCUUGAUCGUCUGACUAGUGAACUCCACAAACAUGAAGAGAAUGUUGCAUCUGUCCGUAGAAGGCUUUCUUAUGAAAAAGACAAAUGGUUAAGUUCCUGUCCUGAUACCUUGAAGAUUAACAUGGAGUUUCUUCAGCGUUGUAUAUUCCCACGAUGUACUUUCAGUAUGCCGGAUGCUGUUUAUUGUGCUAUGUUUGUGCACACACUUCAUUCACUUGGAACCCCCUUUUUCAACACAGUCAACCACAUAGAUGUUCUGAUUUGUAAGACCCUACAACCAAUGAUAUGCUGCUGCACUGAAUAUGAGGUAGGCAGGCUUGGCAGGUUUCUGUACGAGACUUUGAAGAUUGCUUACUAUUGGAAGGUAAUUGAUUUUUACUUGUUUACAUUUUUUUUUAUUUUUUUUUAUUUUUUUAAAUGCCUUUCAGGGGCCGUUCAUUUUUUUAUGUUUUUUUUUUCUAACCUUUAUUAUUUUCAGAGUGAUGAAUCUAUUUACGAACGAGAAUGUGGAAACAUGCCUGGAUUUGCUGUUUAUUACAGAUAUCCUAAUAGCCAGCGAGUUGCAUAUGGGCAGUUCAUUAAGGUACACUGGAAGUGGAGUCAAAGAAUCACACGUUUACUUAUUCAGUGUCUGGAAUCUAGCGAGUACAUGGAAAUUAGAAAUGCUCUUAUAAUGUUGACAAAAAUUUCUAGUGUUUUCCCUGUUACUAGAAAAAGUGGGAUUAACCUUGAAAAGCGGGUAGCUAAGAUUAAAGGUGAUGAGAGAGAGGAUCUUAAGGUGUUAGCAACUGGCGUUGCAGCUGCACUGGCUGCUAGGAAGCCUUCUUGGGUUACCGAUGAAGAAUUUGGUAUGGGUUAUCUUGAGCUGAAGCCUGCACCAUCUAUGACUAAAUCUUCAGCUGGAACUUCGGUAACUGUACAAAGUGGGAUAAGUCUUGGUGUUUCUCAAACUGAGUCUGCCAGUGGAAAACAUUUGGACUCCGGAAACACAGUCAAAGACCAGAUAACAAGAACAAAAACUGCAGAUGGCAAGUCAGAGAGAUCUGAAAGCAUUACAGCAAUGAAAUCUGAUUCUGGCCACGUAAAAAUCAAGGGUAGUUCAAUAGUGAAUGGAUUGGAUGCUCAGUCAUCCUUACCCUCAUCUGCUGGACAAUCUGGGACGUCAAAAUCAGGGGAAACCCCAAAGCAAGUGGAAGAAUCCAUAAUUAGAGCAUCUGAUGAACAUGCGACAAGAACUGCUGAGUCGAGAACUUCAGCAAAACGUUCAGUGCCUGCUGGUUCACUUUCAAAGCCCUCAAAACAAGAUCCUGCAAAAGAGGAUGGAAGAUCUGGAAAACCUGUUACUAGAGCUUCUGGCUCCAUGAGCAGUGACAAGGAUAUACAACCCCAUGCAUCAGAGGGAAGACACACUGGAAAUACCAAUGCAUCUUCUGCGAGCGCUAAUGGUAACACCGUUUCAGGUUCUGCAAAAGCUCCAUCAGCAAAGGUUUCAUUUGAUGGUCCUGGUAAUGAAUCAAAGGCAGAUAUCGGGGCUUCCAAGUCUUCCGAUAUUAGGGCUUCUAUGGGGAAGGAUGAUGGAAAUGAUAUUACUGACUUCACUAGAGGAUCUUCUCGUGUAGUUCAUUCCCCUAGGCAUGAGAACACAGUCACUUCAAAGUCAAGUGAUAAAAGUCAGAAGCGAGCUAGUUCUGCUGAAGAGCUAGACAGACUAGGUAAACGGCGGAAAGGGGAUGUAGAGCUAAGAGAUUUAGAGGGUGAAGCUCGUUUCUCUGAAAGAGAGAAGCUGAUAGAUCCUCGAUUGGCUGAUGACAAAUUGGGACUUGAUGAAAUUGGUCUGUACAGGGCAGGAGAUAAGCCAUUGGAAAGGCCAAAAGACAAAGGUAAUGAAAGAUACGAAAGGGAACACAGGGAAAGAUUGGAUCGUCUGGAUAAGUCUCGUGGUGAUGACUUUGUUGCAGAAAAACCUAGGGAUAGGUCAAUAGAAAGAUAUGGAAGAGAACGAUCUGUUGAGAGAAUACAAGAGAGGGGUAGUGAGAGGAGUUUCAAUAGACUCCCUGAGAAGGCUAAGGAUGAAAGAAGCAAGGAUGAUAGAAAUAAAUUACGCUACAAUGAUGCAGUAGUAGAAAAGUCUCAUGCGGAUGACCGUUUCCAUGGGCAAAGCUUGCCUCCGCCACCCCCUUUACCUCCGAAUAUGGUUCCUCAAUCUGUUAGUGCUGGUAGGCGUGAUGAAGAUGCAGACAGGAGAUAUGCUACAAGGCAUUCUCAAAGACUCUCUCCGAGGCAUGAAGAAAAAGAACGGAGACGGUCUGAAGAGACUGUGGUUUCUCAGGAUGAUCCCAAACGUAGAAAAGAAGAUGAUUUUCGAGACCGAAAGCGUGAGGAAAUGAAGGUGGAGGAGAGAGAAAGAGAGAGAGAAAGGGAGAAAGUCAACAUUCUAAAAGAAGACUUGGAUUUAAAUGCUGCAUCCAAGAGACGUAAGCUUAAGAGGGAGCAUCUACCAACUGGUGAACCUGGGGAGUACUCACCGGUGGCCCCUCCUCCCCCUGGUAUUGGUAUAACACAAGCAUAUGAUGGAAGAGACAGGGGAGACAGAAAAGGACCCAUGAUCCAGCAUGCAAGUUACAUAGAUGAACCGGGUCUCAGGAUUCACAGUAAAGAGGUAGCCGGCAAGAUGAAUCGUCGUGAUUCAGAUCCCUUGUAUGACCGUGAAUGGGAUGAUGAGAAGAGACAAAGAGCUGAUCAAAAGCGAAGGCACCGGAAGUAACAUACCAAUGGGGGGGAAUCACAAGUAAACUUUUCAAAAGGUCGUUUAUUUUUUGCAGGGACUAUAAUGCUGACUUCUUGCAAGUGUGUUGAUGUGCUGGGUUCACAUCACUUUUGACUACUAUCCCCAUCAUGCUUUGGUAACUUGUACCAAAUUUUCAGCUGUUCAAACUAUUUGGUAUAUUUUCUGAAGCCAAAGCAAAGAAAGUAUGAAUUGACUUGUACACUUGUAUAUAGUUUUGUAUAUUUUGGGUAGACAGUGAUGAAAUGUGCACUCUGAAAAUGUGAUUAAUUCGCCUGAACCUUCAUUUAUAAGAAUAGUCCAACAAGGGAGCAUGAAGUUUUGUAGACUUUGUCUAAAUGUUUUGCUGAUUUUACAUGAGAAGGGUUCGAUGCACUUGAACUUU